AUGUUGUUCAAGCCUAAAUCUGAGACAAAUGGUAUCAUUGCCCCAUCACCAAACCUAGAAAAGAUUACAUUAAACAACGACAAUAACCUCACCCAUAAAUCAAUCAAUGGAGAUUCUACUUCUGACAAUUUUAACCAAACUCUAGUCAAAAAUGAAAUUCAAAAUCACCAGCUCCAUUUAUCAAUUAAAGACAAAUUACACCUCUUUUUUUACAACCAUUUUCCUGAUGUUGAUCCACCACAAUUCUUAAAGGAUCAAUUUGCCAAAGAGACUAGAAACAUAUACGUUAAUAUUCCAUUGCCUAAUAACAUGAAAGAUCCCAAAACUGGCUUUCCCUUGAAAAACUAUCCCCGAAAUAAAAUCAGAACAACUAGAUAUACACCUGUCACUUUUUUACCCAAAAAUUUAAUUUUGCAGUUCAGUAAUAUUGCUAAUAUCUAUUUCCUUCUAAUGAUCAUCUUAGGUGCUUUUGAAGUCUUUGGUGUUGAAAAUCCUGUCUUAAAUUCUGUGCCUUUAAUUGUAAUUGUUUGUUUAACCGCAAUUAAAGAUGCUAUAGAAGACUAUAGAAGAGCCUCUUCUGAUGUUGAUUUAAAUAACUCCAGAAUCCAUCUUUUAACUGGUUUACCAAAUCCAAACGUUAUCAUCUCAAAUAUAUCUCUAUGGAGAAAAUUUAAGAAAUUAAACACAAGAAUCCUAAGAUUUUUCUUAAAAGCAGUUAAAUACUUUUUUGUUAGAAAAAAUUUGAACAAAAAUAAUAAUCAAAACUAUUGGUCUGAUCGAGCAAGUAUACAAAGUACUAUUGUUCCCACUCAAACUCAACUUCAAACCCCCAGAAAUUCUCUUUCCAUCAUUGCUAGAACAAGAACAUCAAUCUCGGUUUUCCCCAACUCUAAAAAGAUAACUGAUCCUUUACCAAAUACAAUUAUAAACCCUAACGUUCAGCCAAAUGGUCUUUCUAAAUUUAAAAAUAAAAACUGGAAAGAUAUCCUAGUUGGUGAUAUUAUUCGAGUAAGGCAAAAUGAAGAAGUUCCUGCUGAUAUAGUUCUAUUGACCUCAUCAAAUGAAGAAGGCACUUGUUUUAUUGAAACUAAAAAUCUCGAUGGCGAAACAAAUUUAAAACAAAGAAAUUCCUUAAAAGCUGGCUCUGGUAUUAAAUACAGUAAUGAUUGCGAAAGAAUUCAAUGUUGGAUAGAAUGCGAGGCUCCAAAUACCCAUUUAUACCAGUUUAAAGGCUUAUUACAUUACAACGAUAAUACCGAUUCCUCUCAAUUAUCUAACCUUGAUCCUUUACAAAUGAAUUCUUCCGAACCAAUAACUAAUAGUAAUGUUCUUUUAAGAGGUUGCACUUUAAGAAAUACCAAAUGGGCUUUAGGAAUUGUAGUUUACACGGGCAGUGAAACUAAAAUUGUCUUAAAUUCCGGCGUAACUCCAUUAAAGAAAUCAAGAAUAUCAAAGGAAUUAAAUUUAUCUGUCUUUAUCAAUUUUAUGUUGUUAUUUGUAAUGUGUUUUGUUUCUGGGAUAGUUAACGGAAUUUUCUAUGCUGAUGAUACCACCUCUAGAAUCUUUUAUGAAUUUGAGGCUUGGGGAAGUACCUCAGCUAUUAAUGGUAUUCUUGGUUUUUUCGUUGCUGUAAACUUAUAUCAAACUUUAGUUCCAAUUUCAUUGUACAUCUCAAUUGAAAUCAUUAAAACUGUCCAAGCUAUCUUUAUUUACUCAGAUGUUAAAAUGUAUUACGAUAAACUAGAUUAUCCUUGUGUCCCCAAAUCUUGGAAUAUAUCUGAUGAUCUUGGCCAAAUUGAAUAUAUCUUUUCGGAUAAAACUGGCACUUUAACUCAAAAUGUUAUGGAAUUUAAAAAAUGCUCAAUCAAUACUAAAUCUUAUGGUUUAUGCUAUACAGAAGCUAAAAUGGGCAUGCAAAAAAGGCUAAAUGUGGAUGUCUUGGAAGAAAAGUCUAAAAUGAAAAACAUAAUUCAUAAUGAUCAUUUAAAAAUGUUGCAAUUAAUUGAAGAAUCUAAACAGGAUAACGGUCUAUUUAAAAGCACAGAUAUUGUUGAUGAUGAGUUAACUUUUAUUUCCUCUCAAUAUGUUUCUGAUGUAUUAAACACUAAUCAAUAUGAUCCACAAAAAAUUGCAAAUGAUUGGUUCAUGACUUGCAUGGCAUUAUGUCAUAGUGUUGUGACAGAAGAUGACCCAGACAGCAAUAGAAAGCUUUUAAAAGCAGAAUCUCCAGAUGAAGCUGCAUUAGUUGGUUGUGCUAGAGAUGUUGGAAUCGAGUUUACCAGUCGUUUCAGAGAUUCUAUUCAAAUCAAAAAAUAUGGCGAUGCAAAAAGUUAUAAAAUUUUAUCAGUUAUUCCCUUCAGUUCUUCUAGAAAGAAAAUGAGCAUUAUUCUUGAAAUUCCAGCCGAUGAACUUCCAAGUUUUAUGAAUAAAGGUGCUGAUAAUGUCAUUUAUGAAAGAUUAAAAGAGGAUUCUGAUGAAGAAAUAGUGCAAAGAACUGCUAUUCAUUUAGAAGAAUUUGCCAAAGAAGGUCUAAGAACUCUUUGUUUUGGUUACAAAGAAAUUUCUGAAAGUGAGUUUUCAGCCUGGUUUAAACGUUCAGAAGAAGCUGCUGCUUCAAUUUCUGAUGAUCGUGAGGAGAAUAUAGAAAGAGUUUCUAGCGAAAUUGAAAAUGAUUUAAAUUUAAUUGGUUGUACCGCUAUUGAAGAUAGAUUACAGGAUGGUGUUCCAGAUUCCAUUCAAUUACUUGCCGAGGCUGGAAUUAAGUUAUGGGUUUUAACUGGUGAUAAAAUUGAAACUGCUAUCAACAUUGGUUUUAGUUGUAAUUUAUUAGAAAGCGAUAUGAAAUUAUUAGUUAUUAAACCUGAACUAAAUGAUAACUCUCCUGAUAAAGGUUUAAAUGCAACUAUUUCAUCAUAUUUGUCAGAAAAUUUUCAUAUGCAAGGAACUCAAGAAGAAUUGGAACUGGCAAAACUAGAUCAUUUUCCUCCUAAAGGUAGACAUGCUGUUGUUGUUGAUGGUUCUGCGUUGACUACGAUUUUUAAUCUACACACAGGAUCUGAAGAUUUGCAAAGAAAUUUCUUGCUUUUAUGUAAACAAUGUAAAUCUGUUCUAUGUUGUCGUGUUUCACCAUCUCAAAAGGCAGAGGUUGUCAAGUUAGUGAAGAACAGUUUAGAAGUUAUGACUCUUGCUAUAGGUGAUGGUGCAAAUGAUGUUGCUAUGAUCCAGGCUGCAAACGUUGGAAUAGGAAUUGCAGGAGAAGAAGGUAGACAGGCUGUUAUGUCUUCUGAUUAUGGUCUUGGUCAGUUUAGGUUUUUAACCAGAUUGGUUUUGGUUCAUGGAAGGUGGUCUUAUAAAAGAUUGGCUGAAAUGAUUCCAUGUUUUUUUUACAAAAAUGUUGUUUUCACUUUCACUUUAUUUUGGUUUUGUGUUUUUAAUAACUUUGAUGGAUCUUAUUUGUAUGAAUUUACUUUCCUUAUGUUUUUUAAUUUAGCCUUUACUUCAUUACCUGUUAUUUUUUUGGGGGUUCUUGAUCAAGAUGUUUCAGAUACUAUUUCUCUACUUGUUCCACAAUUAUACAGAACAGGUAUUUUAAGAUUGGAAUGGUCUCAAUUUAAAUUUAUUUAUUAUAUGUGUGAUGGCUUAUAUCAGUCAAUUCUUUCAUUCUUUUUUCCCUAUUUGCUAUAUUACCAAGGUAUUUUGGUUUCUGACAAUGGAUUGAAUAUACACCACAGAUUUUGGAUGGGUGUCAUGGUUGCAAAUAUUGCUGUUAUUUCUUGUAAUAUUUAUGUGUUGAUGAGACAAUACAGAUGGGAUUGGUUAUCAGUUUUAAUUGACAUACUCUCAUGUUUAUUUAUUUUCUUUUGGACUGGUGUCUGGUCUGCUGGGACCAUAUCUGGUCCAUUUUACAAGGUUGCACCUCAAAUUUUUGGCAGUCCGGCAUUUUGGUGUGUUUUUUUUAUCGGUGUUAUAGCUAACUUGUUGCCAAGAUUUGUGUAUGACACAUUAAAUAAAUUAUAUCAUCCAAGAGAUAUUGAUAUUAUAAGAGAAAGGGUUCAAAAAGGUGCUUUCAGUCAAUAUCCUAAACAUGGAUACGAUCCAACAUGUUCUGAAGAUGUUGACAAAUAUCUUGAAAACGCUAAUAUUCCUAAAGAUAGAGAACAUAUAUCUUUGACUUUAGAUACACCAGUUUCAGGCCAUUCAGAUCAUUCAGAUCAUUCGGAUCAUUCAAAUCAUUCAUAUCAUUCACAUCAUUUACAUCUUUCUCCAACCUCACCAACUUCUCCAAAUUCCGACGGUACAAAUAGAAAAAGAUCUGAAAUGGAAAGAGUUAAGGGUGUUUCACCAUUGAAUAGAUUGAGAUUGAAAAUGAUUGAAACCGGUGAGUAUACACCUUCCAGUUCGAGAAAUUCUCUUGAAAGAAUACAGUCAACACAUGAAGUUCCGGGUCUUUCACAAGCAGAAAGCUUGGUGAAUAUUCAUAGCAAACGUCAUUCUAUGCUUACAAUGAACUGAUUUACAAUUUCAAUUUUUUUUUCCUUUUGAAUUUUUGUAAACUAUUGUAAAAAUAAUUUUGGAUUAAAAAAAAAAAGCCUGUUUAGCCCCAAUUUCUUGUCUUU